CCAACCCGCUGCGAGCCUUCUUUCCUGCGGUCUCUCUCUCUCUCUCUCUAUCGUCAUUGGGAUCUCUCCUCCCAUCGCCCUUGCGUCUGUGUCGCUCUCUGUUGAUCGAUUGAUCGGUCGAGAGCUCGGUCGGAAUCGAAGCGGGGAAGAAAAUGUACGGCUUCGAGGCGUUGACGUUCAACAUCCACGACGGGUUCUUGGAAGCCGUCGUAAGGGGCUACCGGUCGGGAUUGCUCACCGCCGCCGAUUACAACAAUCUCUGCCAGUGUGAAAACCUCGAUGACAUCAAGAUGCACCUCUCCGCCACAGAGUAUGGCCCCUACCUGCAGAAUGAGCCUUCCCCAUUGCACACGACAACUAUAGUGGAGAAAUGCACACUGAAGCUGGUGGAUGAAUACAAACAUAUGCUAUGCCAAGCCACGGAGCCUUUGUCAACCUUCCUUGAGUAUAUCACGUAUGGCCACAUGAUUGAUAAUGUUGUUCUUAUUGUGACUGGCACACUGCAUGAGAGAGAUGUUCAUGAAUUGUUAGAAAAAUGCCAUCCUCUUGGCAUGUUUGACAGUAUUGCCAGCCUUGCAGUUGCUCAGAAUAUGCGUGACUUGUAUAGACUGGUUCUUGUCGAUACACCAUUGGCUCCCUAUUUUUCUGAAUGCAUCACAUCAGAGGACUUGGAUGACAUGAACAUUGAAAUAAUGAGAAAUACACUUUACAAGGCUUACCUUGAAGAUUUCUAUAGGUUUUGUAAGAAUUUGGGUGGUGCAACAGCUGAAAUCAUGUCCGACCUUUUGGCAUUUGAAGCAGAUAGAAGGGCUGUUAACAUCACAAUCAAUAGUAUUGGCACUGAAUUGACAAGAGAUGACCGUCGUAAACUUUAUUCCAAUUUUGGUUUACUGUACCCUUAUGGCCAUGAAGAGCUUGCUGUCUGCGAGGAUAUUGACCAGGUUCGAUCUGCCAUGGAGAAGUAUCCACCAUAUCAGUCCAUCUUUGCAAAGAUCUCAUAUGGGGAGAGCCAAUUGCUUGACAAAGCGUUUUAUGAGGAAGAGGUGAAGAGGCUUUGUUUGGCAUUUGAGCAACAGUUUCACUAUGGAGUUUUCUUUGCAUAUAUGAGGCUGAGGGAACAGGAAAUCAGGAACUUGAUGUGGAUCUCAGAGUGCGUUGCGCAGAACCAAAAAUCCAGAGUUCAUGACAGCGUUGUUUUCAUUUUCUAGAUAGAAUGCAGUCUAUGAAUUUGUGCCUUUUGUGUCAUCGUCGGAAGUUGCAGAGUAGCACCUAUGCUUAUGCAAAACAUGUUAGAGCUGUAAAUUAUUUUUCUUGCCCUAAUAAGAUUAUAUGUCACUGGGAGUUGGAAAAUAAUGUUCGAAUGGUUCCCCAGUAUUCCAAAAGGGGGGCACUUUUGUCUGUCAAGAUGAAAAAGUGAUUGAAUCACUGUAACAUCUGUAUGUAAGCUACCGCCACGGUCUUAUGUAAUACACGAUCCUCGCGAACCCCUUUGUCUUGCUUUUA